GAGCACUGUAGCACCAUCACAGCUCACAACAGCGAGGCGGCAGCCAAUCAGCGGGCUGGUUUCUCUUCAGCAUCUCGGAGAGACUGAGCCAUCGAGCAGACUUGAGCUCGGGCAGCGGGGGAGGAAGAAGACUACAGGACUCCGCGACGCGCAAUUAUGGUUUUGUGAACUAACUUGACAAAAAAGGUGGAGGAUUACAUCACCAGCACAAAGAGAAAACAAAAGUCAGCUAAUCCAAACACUGCACAGAAGGAACCAAAUUCCAGCACAAGCAUGGCGGACUAUAAAGACAACAUAGAUGACUUUAAAGUCCAGACAGCCAAGCAUCCUAACAUGGGCUCGGCCCCUUUACGGCCGCACAGUGAACAGUCUAAAGACCGGGCGUCCAAAAGGCUUUCAUCUGAAUCUAAUGGGACCAGUGAAGGAGGUGUGGGCUCGUCCACACCAGUGGAGGUGACCGCUUUGGAAGAGUCGUUUCGGCGCUUCGCCAUCCAUGGUGACACUCGUGCUACCGGCAAGGAGAUGCACGGCAAGAACUGGUCCAAGCUCUGCAAGGAUUGUGGUGUGAUUGAUGGAAAGAACAUCACCCUCACUGACGUGGACAUCGUCUUCAGCAAAGUCAAGAAGAAAUCCUGUCGUAACAUCACAUAUGAUGAGUUCAAGGUUGCACUCGGAGAGCUGGCCAGGAAGAAAUACAAAGACAAGACUGGAGAGGAGGCUGAGGCCGAGGUCUUCAAGCUGAUUGAGGGGAAGGCACCCAUCAUUGCAGGAGUCACGAGAGCCGUGGCUUCCCCGACAGUGAGCCGUCUCACGGACACCACCAAGUUUACAGGGUCACACAAGGAGCGUUUUGACACCACCGGCCGAGGGAAGGGUAAGGCGGGACGAGAAGACAUAGUUGACACUUCCGGAUACGUCUCGGGAUACAAACAUCGAGGGUCAUACGAAAAGAAAGUAAAUAAACCCACCAUGGGCAAACCCAUGUGAGGGUGAGGAUGAGGAAAUAAACAUUUGAUCAACUACUAGGAUAAUUUUCUAUUAAAACAGUACUCAAAGAAAGCACAAAAGAAUAGGAUUUCAUAUAUUUUCCCACCCAUCUAUCUUUGUGUGUCUGUGUGUGUGUGUGUGAGAGAGAGAGAUGUUUUUGAGUUCCUCUCUGUGAAGUGUGAGAACUGGAAAAAUGUUUACAUCUAUUUUUACAAAGUCAUCACCAGCUGGUACAUUCCUGUCAAGUUACUGCCAAACACUGAAGAGAACAAACGAGAGAAACUGCUAUGCUAUGAAUAUUGAAGCUUUGUUGUUAUGAUAGGGCCUUAUAAUAUUUAUUGGGCACAAUUGAAACAACAUGCCAAGAAAAACAAAAGUGGAACAGUUUGAUGAAUUAACAACAUUGCACUUUUUAAUGAAAAAUGUUCUAUUCCCAUAUUUAGCUGAAGAUUUUUAAUUUGUUUUGCUGACUUUCAAUGAUAAUUGGCACACAUUUUUGACAUAGAUAUUAUCAAUGUUUAUCUCUUUUGAAAACUUAAAUUGUUUAUCUGCCAUCCCCACUUGUCAACUGUAAGUAUUUAUAAAAUCUGUUGUUAAUUUUUUUUAAUUGUUUUAUAAACUCACACUGUCAUUUGAAUAAUUUACCUUCAACACAAACCAAGAAAAAUAUAUUAAGGGAUUUGUCAACUUGUUUUCAUUGUUUUGCAAAAAACCCCCAAUGUAGUUCUGUUCGACUGAACAUUUUUCACCUCUGCCAUAUCUUCUUGCUUUUGUGAAUAUGAAAAACAAAACUCCUACCAUGCAAACCUUUUAAAUGGACUUGCUUAUAACAAAAAAUAAUUUUACAGGAGUUUCCUAUUUUCUUUUACACUGUUGUUAUUCAGACCCUAUUGUAUCUAUCUACAUGCAAACCAUUUUGCUAACAUGCAUUUUGAAUUUUAAAUUAGUGAAUUCAGAUGAAGGAAGCUCUAACCACAGUAGAUGAGCUCAGUUGUACAAGAUUGUAUUUUUAACAUUUUCCUCAUCAGAUUUCUAUACAGUAGUUCUAAUAUAUUUGUGGUAAGAUUGUGUAUAUUCUAAAAAGUCAUAGCCACAUGGCUUUAUUUAUGACACUGGCUUCAUAUGUUGUUGUUUUUUCUGUAUUGCUGUACUUUGUGCAUGUUAUGUAUAUUGCAUUUGAUUCAGAAGCAUAUAGAUGACAGUAGGAGUUUGUCAUAUCUUAUCUGAACUGCUGUGCCUGCUGUGAGGACAGACUUAAAUAUUUUCUUUUCUAAAAAGUAUAAACAUUGUGGGAUCAUGAUAAAAUCUUGUAUUGCUUGAAGUCAAUAUGUAUCAACCUGUACAUGUACAAAGUCAGCUACGCUCCAAUGCUAUUACAUUUGUGGAUAAAGUACUUUUUAUGUGUGGUACUGUCAUCCAAGGCACAAAUUCAACUGAAAACAAAAGCAGGGUUUUACUGUUGUAUCCUUACAUACUGUAUGAGCUAAAGGGAAAAUUGCAAACAAAUAUAAUACUUUUGUACACUAUUUUUCCAACAUAGGGACAGUGUUUGUGUCACACACUACCUAUAGCCUCAGCUGAUGAAGAAUCAUGCAUCAAGUGCAAAACUAGCAGCUAUCAGUGUGUUAGUUUUUGUCUGCUGCAGUAGCUCAAGUAGGAUCUGUUUUCUGUGCUUAAUGCCAAAUACUGUGCACCUUUAAUGUGGAGGAACAAUAUUGUUUUUUUAUUUUUUUCAAAUAACUUUUAAUGUACUAUUGUGCCCAGGUGCAUGCAGUGUGUUUUUGUUCUUGUUCUUUAGACCGCUUAAUGUGUGUUCAUGAUUUGUAGUGCAUUAUUGAAAAUAAAAUAAAAAAACACACCCCAGAACCUCUGCUGAGUAGGUUGCAGGGUGUCUGUCGCAA